GGUGCUGACCAUAGCGACAGAGCUAUUACUACUGCGACACCUGGCCAGCUAGAGACUUGGCUGUAUUUACAAGCAUUCCUGUGUCUGUCGCUUUACCUGGCUUUGCUUACAUGGGUCUAGAUUAAGAGCAGUAACUUUUUUUUCAAGUGCAGAGAGCCAAUGCACUACAUGUUCAAUGGACUGCCCUUAACUUCGGCAACGUGUAUCCCGCCAAUGAGAGCUUAUUAAACCUGAUAUGCACCUAGCAGAAACUCUCUAUGGAGAUCUUAAUGGAUUCCUAUGCUGAAGGGAAAUUCUCUCUUUCCUCAGGCUCCUGCCGGGGUGGUUCAGUGGCUCCAGCGGUUCGUGUGAAUUUGUUUGAGAAGGUGCAGCUGCUUUGUGGUGCUGGCAAACCAGAGUAAAACCCUGAGCCUUUGAAAUGAGAGUAAUGUGUGCAGAAUGAUAACCUUUGUCCUUCAACUGGGCUGCCAGUGUGAGGUCUGUAAACAGCAGGCAGCAGAGAUCAAACUGGCUUCAGAGCAGAAAGUAAGGAUGAGAAAGGACAUGUAUACGCAACAGCCCUGCAAACUGUAGGAGAGAGACUGGCUGAAUGUGGUGGAGCUGCCCCUACACUCGAAGAAUCGAGAUGGAUGCCAUCCGGACCCUGAACACCCUCCAGACCAACGCCAGUUACCUGGAGCAGGUGAAGCGGGAGCGAGGAGACCCCCAGGUGCAGCUGGAGGCCAUGAAAGGCUUCUUGGAGCGAAGUGGGUUGAAGGUCGAAGACCUGGAUCAACUGAACAUUAUCCACGUAACUGGGACAAAGGGCAAGGGCUCGACGUGUGCCUUCACGGAGCGCAUCCUCCGCAACUACGGCCUGAAGACGGGCUUCUACAGCUCUCCCCACCUGGUCCAGGUGCGUGAGAGGAUCCGCAUCAACGGGCAGCCGAUCAGCAAGGAGCUCUUCAGCAAGUACUUCUGGCAGGUGUAUAACCGGCUGGAGGAGACCAAGGACUCCGGCCAUGCUGGCAUGCCCGCCUACUUCCGCUUCCUCACCAUCAUGGCCUUCCACGUCUUCCUGCAGGAGAAGGUGGAUCUGGCUGUGGUGGAAGUUGGCAUUGGGGGUGCCUACGACUGCACCAACAUCAUCAGGAAGCCGAUCGUGUGCGGGGUCUCCUCUCUGGGGAUCGACCAUACCAGCAUCCUGGGGGACACCAUUGAGAAAAUCGCCUGGCAGAAAGGGGGCAUCUUCAAGCCUGGCGUGCCGGCAUUCACAGUGCCCCAGCCUGAGCGGCCCCUGGAGGUGCUGAGGGAGCGAGCCAGGGAGAGCCCGUGCCCGCUUUACCUGUGCCCUGACUUGGAUGCCUUUGAAAAGGACGAUAAGGCACUUCAGCUGGGGCUGGCGGGCGAGCACCAGCGAUCCAAUGCCACGCUGGCCCUGCAGCUCUCCCGGGCCUGGCUGCAGCAGCAGGGGUAUCAGGGUACUGGGGAGCAGAAGGACUUGCAGCCAGGCGCGGAGCUACUAAGCAAGAGACCUGUGCCCCUGGCACCUGCAUUCAGGCCCAGCAGCUCCAUGGUGCAGGGUUUACAGGACACGGAGUGGCUGGGCCGCAACCAGGUGCUGCAGCAUGGGCCGGUGACGUGGUUCAUCGACGGGGCUCACACCACCAGCAGCGUGCAGGCCUGCGUGCGCUGGUUCCGCCAGGCAGCCCUCAACGAGGAGAAGCCUGUGGACGGCUCCGAGGUCCGGGUGCUUCUCUUCAACGCCACGGGGGACCGGGACACCGCUGCUCUGCUCAAGCUGCUGCUGCCCUGCCGGUUUGACUACGCCGUCUUCUGCCCCAACUUCACGGAGGUGUCUGCGGUGGGGAACGCAGACCAACAGAACUUCAACGUCACCCUGGAGAACAUGCUGACCCGCUGCCUGGAGAACCAGAAGAAGUGGAACCGGCUGAUGGAGGAGAAGGUGGGGCAGGACCUCUGGCUGUCUCCCCCCAUGCAGGUGGAGGGGGUGGGCAGCCGGCUGAAGCCAGACUCCUUGCGCAGCCCCCUGCUCUUCGUGCCCUCCUCUGAGCGCCCUCUCAACUCCAAUUCGCUGGUGUUCCCCUGCAUCUCUCACGCCCUGCAGUGGAUCACCCAGGGCAGGGACCUGCACUUCCAGGCGCCCGCCACCAAGGGGCUCCACCUGCACCCCGUGGCGGGCACCGGCGCCGUCUUGCUCAAGGAAGCGGCUGCCAUCCGCGUGCUGGUCACGGGAAGCCUGCACCUGGUGGGCGGUGUCUUGAAGCUGCUCGACCAAUCGCUCUCGCAGUAGCAGGUGCCUGUGGGUGGGGCCUCUGUGCCGCUCUUUGCUGUUUACUUGAAUAUUCCCAGGCACCUUUUACCAGGUGGUCCCUGAGCCUGCUGCCCCCCGAGGUGGGGCUGGGCACUGCAUGUGCUGCUGGGAUUCUUGUGCUGAGCCCUUCGCGGUGGCUGGAUCCACCCCUAGGACUGGGAUUGAGGCGGCCAGGGCCCACGCCCCGGCACCGGGAUCUUGUGCUGAGCCCUCACGGCAGUGCCAUCCGCAGCCUGGCACCAGGACUCUCACGUUCAGCCUCACCCCACCUCCCCGUGCCAGGAUUUGGUCACUGCCCUCAUGCUGGCAUCCCUAUUGCCUGGGCUGAUGGGGGGCCUGGGGUGAGGACCCAGCAGCUGAUCUCAGCCCGCGGGGACUGGCUGCACUGUACAUUUACCAGAUGUUCCCCAGGGACGAGACAGGCGGGGAGCUCUUGCUUGGGCCGGGGUGGAAUUCCUGCUCUCUGCCCUUGUGUUGCCUUCUCCCUACCCGAGUCUCUGGGUCCCACGGGGGGGCUGAGGAGGGCAGUGUUCAUUUGCCAUGGUGAGGCCGUCCCCCGCCAGGCAUUCAGAGGGAGGCGUGAGCAUCGGGGCAGACGCCCAACUGAGCAUCAGCCUCCCUUGGCUGGUGCGUUGCCUUCACUGGGAGCUGCCUCACCUCCCCACCGAAUGAGCCCCGUCCCCGCCCCCCCGCCCUGGUGCCUUUGUCUCCUCCCUGGCCUCUAUCAGAUGCGUGGUCCAAGGAUGGGUUUGAGUCUCGCGACUUCAGGCCCUUCUGGCUCCUCUGGGGCUGGGCUUGCCAUCUGCAUGUGGAAUCGGCUCCGGAAGCUCUGGCUGGGUGCUCGUCAGAGGCCGUUAGUGCUGGGGUGUGUCUGGCUCGGGGUCCGGUUGGAACUGCCUGUGAUCGAAGGGCAGGAGUGCGGUGGGAGCCGUGCGCCAGGCGCAGAGCCGCUAGUCGUGCCGGGCGGUGAGAUCCAGGCACUGUAGCGCUAAGGAGUCUCUCACGGUGCCCCAAUCUGUGAGCGUCUCGCAGGCCAACGCCGGGGCAGUGGGGUCCAUGGGUGCCAGUGUUGUGUAGGCAGGUCGGCCCUGAGUGCAGAGGGGCCUCAUGCAGGAAUUGUGCCCCCGCCGGUGCAGAGAUCUGUGCACUGGGGCUGAGACUCCUGCCUCUCUCCAGUGCUGGGCAGCGGGAUGCGAGGGCUCUUUGCAUGCCGUGUGCAAAGUGGGUGACCACCCCCCCCCCGCCGACCUGCUCUGUUGGUGCCCAGGUGGGCCGGGCGGCGGGCCAGGAUCGCUCUCUGCUGGACAGUAACUAUGCAUGACUGGUGGGCAGGGCAUAUGCGGCUGGAGGUCGGGAAGCCCUGGCAGCUGAGCAGCUGGGCUGCUUUCUGGACCGUAUGCAGUUCUCGUGGAGUUUGUGCUGGCGACUGGCCCGCUGCCCGGGUCGCUUUCAGGGUGACAGCUUCAUCGCCCAGCAGUGUCUGGGCAAACACUGGGUGCUGGGAAUCGGGCUGAUCUCUCAGGCUGAGCCGCGAGGGAGCCUUGUUGAGCAGAGACUUCAGGAAGCACCUGUCUGGAGGAGCCGAGUCCCUUUGGCGCAAGAGCUGUGGAAACUGGCUCCCAGCUCCAAGGCCGUGAGCCGCCUGGUGUCGUCACAGCUCAGCCAGCGUCUCUUGCUGUCCUCUGGGGGCGCGCUCCUUGCAGAAACCCCCUGAGGCCUGCACCAGGCCAGGCAGCGAGCUAGCCGCCCCCGCUCGAAAACCCAGCCAGGCUGGGGCAAGCAUGUUCCCAGAGAUCGGUGCUUGAAAGCCACUUGUGAGCAGGGCAGCCUUUAGGGGGCGGGGGGGAUGCUCUUGCAAAGGUCUUGGUUGCACUGCGUGGUCUCUGUGCUCACUGGAGUGCCCAGAUGCAUGGCACGGUCAGGAUGUGCCAGGCUCUGCUCACACCAGAGUACCAGCUGUGCCAGCCCAGCCAUGGCCUGACCCAGUGAUUAAUAGCCACCUCUCUGCUGUAUCCCUGUAUCCAGAUUUCUGUUGCCCAGUGCGCAGGCAUUGGCUGGUCCCCUCCGCACAUAGGCCAGGCUGGGAGGUUGGGGUUUGAACCCCAGCCUCGAACGCAUGCGGUGCCGGGGUGCUUGGGCAGGCAGUGUGGGGGCUGGGCCGUCUAGCUGGCAAGUGUCUGUCCUCUCCCUCCCCCCUUUACUGCCCCAGUGCCUGUUUCUGUGUCUGCUGAAGGCAGCCUGGGCUGUGACUUGCAUGUAUCUGAUGCCCUAACCCCUCCCCAGUGAGGGGGAUUCAGGGGUUGACUUGGGUAAAUCUCAAACUGCUGAAAGCUUGGGCCCAGCACGUUCCCCUCUCAGCAAACCCAACGGACUGACUGCCUGUGGCCCAGCCACUCCGUGGGAGGGUCCAGGUGACGGAAUAAUGCUGCUGCUGCCUGAUCCACGGAUCUCCUAGCAGAACCUCCUGUGCAACUGGUCUAGCAACAGACGCCUGACCCGCGGCCUGCUGCACGGGGCCCCUCUCCCGGGGCCUGGGCUACGCCGCCGGCUCUGGCAGCGCAGACGGGGAGAAGCCUGCUGGGCCCCUCUGCGCUGCCACAGAGCUGUGCUUUGGCGCGGUGGCCCCUCCGGGCCCUGCUGUGAUACAGAGGCUCGUUGGAGCCAGGCCCGCCUCUGGUUGCAGCCUGGAGAUUGUGGGUUCAAGCAGGAAGGGAGGUUGGAAGUCGCUCCCCGUGUCCAGCCUCAGAUGAUGUUUAAAGACUAAAUGUUACUGAGUCUCCAAUAAUUUAACUAGCAACAGGGUUUUUAUUAAAUCUUCUGUAACUUGAAAUAAUAUUGAUUCAAUUUCCCCAUUGCUUUCUGGGAGAUGAGUUUUGAAAGUGAAGCAAUGGUGCUGCUGUUCCAUGAGCGUCCGCUCCAUUGGCCUGUUGAUGUAAAUAAACAUCACACUCAUUGUA